AAACGGACACCAAAUCAACCAGCUUCCUCCUCCUCCUUCCUUCUUCUUCUUUCUCCUAUCUGAGCUGAAUCUUGAAUUUGAUUCUGCAGUCCACUCUCUUCCUUUAUUCCCAAGCUUUCGUUCUUUUUAUAGUAUAAGCAAUGGCUUCGUAUUACUCUGCGUUUUUGGGCAGUGAAGAGCCGCACUUUUUGGAAUCAUGCUCUCUUUGCAGUAAACACCUUGGUCCUAACUCCGACAUCUUCAUGUACAGAGGAGACACAGCGUUUUGUAGCCAAGAGUGUAGAGAAGAACAGAUUGAAUCUGAUGAAGCCAAGGAGAGAAGCUGGAAACUUUCUGCUAGAUCUCUCCGUAAAAAAUCUUCCGAAGCUGCAAAGGAUUCAGCCGCCGGAAAAACCGUACGGACAGGAACACUCGUGGUCGCGUAGUAGAAUUUGUAUUACAAUAAGAAAACCAAAGCAUGUAGCUUUUGUGUAUACCCUUUUUGUCUAAAAGCUAUAUAUAUAUAUAUCACCCUCUAUUAAGUAAAACCUGCUAAAUUUUACUCUGUUUCUAUCAAUCUUGCUCUUGAUCGGGAUCUGAGGAAUUGUAAGAUCUUGUUAUGUGGAGUUCGGGAAAGUGAGAGGUAUUGAUCUCUGGGUGGGGGGGUUAAUUUUUGAUCGAUUAAACAAUAAGAAACAGAGCAUACUAUAUUAAUGUUCUAUAUUCAAUUUUUUUAUCUUCCUUGUCUUGUAAUUUGUUUCAAACUUGUGCUGUUAAGAUCGAGCUUCACCAGAAGUCGAGUUUAAUUGUAUCUGCAUUCUGCAGUCAGUUACA